GGAAAAAAAAAAGAGAAAUUGUUUAAGCAAGCGGUAAAGCAGCACAUCUGCCUUCUAGCUAGCAUACUUGUUAUGUGAAGCUUUCAGUUGCUAAAGUACCCGUGGUUCCUGUUUUUUUCAGGUACUAAACAGGUACUCUGAACCUGAUGAAAAUCAGUUGGAGAGCUGUCAUCUGAUUUAAAAGCCAGAAUAUUAAUGGCACGCAUGAACACACACACGUGUGUGUGUGUGUAUAUGUGUUAGCAAAACUAUGUGUCGUAUUUCUAGUCUAAGGCUUGAGAGAGACAGUUUGAUUGUUUUCAUUUACAUGCCAAGCAGUUAAUUACGGAAGUAGUGACUGAGGGGAAAAUAGUUCCUUUUGUUUAUAUUUAGAGUUACAAUUUUAAAAUUUAUCAGCUGCGAACUUGAACCUUAAUUUGUUUACAUGGAACGCAAAUGGAAAAAAAAACUAUUUUCUUGACUUUAUAAGUUGUUGGGUUUUGACAUCGAGUACUUUUCAGCUCGUGAGUUACCCCAAAAUGUACAUUUUGCCAGCCAUUCUUUAGUGAAACUAAAGAAACAAGCACGUCAAUAAGGUUGAAAUAUGGUUCAAUGAAAAAAAAAAAAAGUCCUGUUCCGUGUAUCUUUAUUUCUUGCAUGUGAAACUUUGUCGCAAGAAAAUACUUUUGCGUAUCUCUAUUUCCCAGACAACCCAAUGCUUUCAGUAGUGCUGUUCUGUAUGUUAGUACUUGUUAUUUCACUUACUACUUCCAAAUUGGGUGUCUGCUAAGAACACAGGGGGGGCUUGAUCUCUGAAGUGCUGGUCAACUAAUUCACAGUUUCUUUGUGUGUGUGCACAGAACUGAACCUUGGGAGAGAAGAAUGCAGAAACUAGUGCUGAACAACUUUCUUUAGGGAAUUUCAACAUUGUGGCAUUUGCUGGUGGCAUUUUAUUCCAGCUGCAGCUUUCUAGUAGGUGUGGGAAUGAGUAUACAGUAUUUUUUAGGUUUCUUCUACAAUUAUCUGUCACUUCAUUCCUGUUUUUCCCUGAGCUAUUCUGUCUUGCCAAGUCUUCGUUCUAAGGCAAUUUUUAAAAAAUUUUGUGACUUGAUGUAGUCUCAGUGCUUCAGUGCUCCACGUCUUAAAACGUUCAUGCUGUCGGUGUGCUGCUUGACAUUCAGAUGAGUUUUCUUGGUUUCAGUUUUGUACUUUUAGCUUUUCUGCAAUCUUUUCAAAUGUUUCUGUCUUUUCGACCAAACUCUGCAGUUUGAUUUCUUCAAAGAAAGACUUCUCCCAUGCCAAGAUGUUUCCUCCCCCUCCCCCCUUCCACAACGUAGGUGGGAAAAUGUCAUGCUGGCUUGGUUGCUGGUGGGGGAGCUGGGGCUUUGGGUUUUUCUCUUCGAGGCGCUGAUCUUGCGCUUUCGUAGAAUUCGUGUUGCUUUUGCAUGAAGAGCUUGAUUGUGCAGUGGUCGCCCUGAAAUCAGCGGUCUACUUUUGUCCUCAGUCCAGUAUCUGCUUACAUUGAGGCAUUUGCAGAUUGAAAUAUCAUGGACAGAAAAUAGUUUGGAUGAUGUGUCUUGCCAGUGUAUCUCUGCAAUUUCGAUUUUAACAAUGGAUAAGUGUAAGCACAUAGGACGUCUGCGGCUGGCCCAAGAUCACUCCAUCCUGAAUCCUCAGAAAUGGCAUUGCAUGGACUGCAAUACUACGGAAUCUGUGUGGGCGUGCCUCAGCUGCUCACAUGUGGCGUGUGGAAGAUACAUUGAAGAACAUGCACUAAAGCACUUUCAGGACAGCAGUCACCCAGUGGCAUUGGAGGUAAAUGAGCUGUAUGUUUUCUGUUAUCUCUGCGAUGAUUAUGUUCUUAAUGAUAACGCAACUGGUGAUCUAAAACUGCUGCGAAGUACGUUAAGUGCAAUCAAGAGCCAAAACUAUGAGUGCACUACUCGAAGUGGGAGGACUUUGCGUUCUAUGGGUACAAGUGAUGAUUCUUACCUUUCACAUGGUGGUGCCCAAGCCAUGCUUCGGAAUGAAGAUCGCAUGUUCACAGCUCUCUGGCACCGGCGGCGUGCGUUCCUGGGCAAAAUAUUCAGAUCAUGGCUUGAGUUGACACCUACUGGAAAAAAGAUUUUGGAAGAAGAAAGGCGUCAGGAAGAAGCAGAGGAAAGAAGGGACAAAGCUAGGAAGAGAAGACAAGAGCGAAAGCGUGAGUUGAAAGCAGAGAUGGAAAAGAUGCCUCCAAGAAAGAGCAGUCGUUUACAAAGUCAGAUUAGAACGUCCUCAGAAACAGCACCCUGCCUGCAAAAAACGUCACAGAAUGUGGAAUCUGUGACAGAGUUGAAAAAAACUUAUACCUCAGAUGAAGUAAGAUUGAAAAAAAUAAGUGACUCUCCAAUUAAACGAAGACCCACGGUGACUCCUGGGGUAACAGGACUGAGAAACCUGGGAAAUACAUGUUAUAUGAAUUCUGUCCUGCAGGUAUUAAGUCACUUACUUAUUUUUCGAGAAUGCUUUUUAAAGCUUGAUCUCAACCAAACUCAGGAACUGCUGGCAACAGCAACCAAUGGUAAAACCAGAUCUUCAUCUAAACACCUGUCUAUAGCUGCCUCAACUUUACAUGUGAAUGAGAACCAAGAGAAAGUAAAGGGAUCAUCUUCUGUGAGGCGGCCUAGUUUUUCCUCUGGAUUAAGUGGAGGAGCAUCAAAAAGUAGAAAUAUGGAACUUAUUCAGCCCAGGGAGCCCAGUUCAAAGCAUAUUUCUCUCUGUCAUGAGCUGCAUACACUGUUCCAAGUUAUGUGGUCUGGCAAAUGGGCGCUGGUGUCUCCUUUUGCCAUGCUUCAUUCUGUCUGGAGACUAAUUCCAGCCUUCAGAGGAUAUGCCCAACAAGAUGCUCAGGAAUUUCUCUGUGAACUUUUGGAUAAAGUGCAGCAGGAACUGGAGACUACAGGGACCAGAUACCCAGCUCUCAUCCCUGCUUCUCAAAGAAAACUUAUAAAACAGGUUUUGAAUGUAGUUAACAACGUUUUUCAUGGACAGCUAUUAAGUCAGGUUACAUGUCUUGCCUGUGACAAUAAAUCAAAUACCAUAGAACCUUUCUGGGACCUGUCCCUGGAGUUUCCUGAGAGGUAUCACUGCAACGGCAAGGAGAUGUCGACUCAGUAUCCGUGUCUGCUGACAGAAAUGCUGGCCAAGUUUACAGAAACGGAAGCUUUGGAAGGAAAGAUAUAUGCAUGUGAUCAGUGCAACACAAAACGAAGGAAGUUUUCUUCUAAACCAGUUAUACUCACAGAAGCUCAGAAGCAGCUUAUGGUGUGUCGACUACCUCAGGUUCUCAGAUUACACCUUAAACGGUUUAGGUGGUCAGGACGCAAUCAUCGUGAGAAGAUUGGCGUACAUGUUCAUUUUGAUCAAAUGCUGAACAUGGAGCCUUACUGCUGCAGAGAAUCCCUCAAGUCCCUCCUACCCGACUGCUUUAUUUACGACUUGUCUGCUGUGGUAAUGCAUCACGGGAAAGGAUUUGGCUCAGGGCACUACACUGCCUACUGCUACAAUUCCGAAGGAGGAUUUUGGGUACACUGCAAUGAUUCAAAACUCAACAUGUGCACUAUGGAAGAAGUAUGCAAGGCUCAAGCUUACAUUUUGUUUUAUAGCCAACGACUUACUCAGGCAAACGGACGUGGUAAAACACCAUUUCCUAGCACAGCUGAAAGUCAGCAGCAUGCAGAAUCAGCUGACUGUUCCAUGGGCGACAGUAGCAGCUAAUCCAAAGCCAGUUAACUGUGCGUAUGGGAAAAGUUUGAAUUGUCAAAACUAUAUAUUUUAAAAUGAAAGUACAGUAUUGUACUUUUUUUACUUUCAAGCCGUGUACAAUGUUUAUAUACUUUUGUAUUAGUUAAAGGACUCUCUACAAUUGUUAGCAAAAGUUUUUAUUGACAGUGACUUUCUAAGUACCUAGAAUUUCAAUACAGCUAUUUUUUUAAGAAAAAGAUUGCUAUUUGCAUUUAACUCUUACCUCAGGCUGGUUUUUUAAGCUGGUUUUGUAUUUUGAUAAUCUUUGAAUUGGUUUAGAAAAAUGACUUUCAAUGGGCAACUGAUGUUUCUCUGGUUAAUUUCCUAUAUAUGCUUGUGUACAGUUUGUAGUCUAGUUCUAAUGAUAUCAUGAUUCUUACUGUCUGCAGGAAUUGCUACUAGGUCUUAGAAUAUUAACAUUCACCAGCAAGGAAUGUUUUACAUGUCGAAUAGCAACGGAACUUUUCAUAGGAAAUUUUCUGUAUAUUCUUUAUGACUAAAGUGAAAUUAAUUUGCAAGUGUCAAAGGAGCCUUCAGGGGAGCUACACUAAAGAGACAUUGAUAGAAUUUCUUAAGAUCUGAAAUUAAGGAAAUGGAGCUCGUACUUCUUUUCUUCUAAGUAUGUAAGAGGGAUGUUUAAUAGCACAAGAAUGUAUCUGUACCAACACUUCCAUGUUUUAGCCUUAAGAAGUCUGACAAAACUCAAGUGCCAAAUCCAAAGUAGUAACUUUGACAACUAGGGGCUUUUUACUCCAAUAACUUGAAAAGCUUUCUUUAAAAAAAACACAAUAGCAAAACCACACUCGCUUACCCCACUGUCAUUGCUACAAGAACGUUGGCACCCCCUUCCUUGCAUCGGACAAGCUUGUUUUAAAUUGUACCAAGCAUUGUCUGUUUCAGUAAUCUCUAACACAAACCACUGAAAAGAAGCUGUACAACUUGUAUGAAAGCAUUUUCACUCUGACUGGUUUCAUUAGCUACAACUGCUGUACCUUCUCCACAGUCCUACCACUAGCAUUAACAGAACUGUGCACUGGGGAGAAUCUAACAUGCAGGAAUUAUCAGUCGUUCUCCGCAGACAGUAGUUAAUGCCAAGUAAAUUUUAAUUGUGAAGUUAUUUUGCAUAAGUCCUAUGCACAUUGUUACCUCAUCUUCUGCAAAAUUUAUAC